AUGGCGAGACACAUAAACAACCUGGUGGAUGAUAAUUGUUUUAACAAAUAUACAACACCCGAUGGACCACGAUUUGUUUGCAAACCUUGUAAAAGUCGGCCUCUGAAGAAUAAAGUCAAACAUUCAAGGCUCGGAAACCAUCUGUUAAAAGCAAAGAGCUAUUACAUUUCACUCGAGAAGGAGAGGCUUUCUCAUACCGGGAACUCUACUGUUGGCCAUAACGUACAAUCGCAAGGAGGUCCUAGUAACAGUACUGUCUGGGAAGAAGAGGAAAACUUGAAUCAAGAUUUCGAGGGGAUGUUUCUAGAUAGGAAUUUUGGUAAUGCAGAAGAUGAUACACACAUGGAAAUCAACAGUCCGCCCAAUGAUAUGCCGCCUCCAAUUGAAGAAUUUGACAAACCCGCCUCGGCCGAGGAAUACUAUGACUCCGACGACGAUCGGGAACUAGAUUGGACUGAUAUGCUACCGGAAGAUGACGAUGAUCAGUGCUCAGAAAAAGAGGAGAGGAAAGAGGAAAAGAAAGAAGAUGAAAAAGGAGAAAAAUCAGCUUAG